AUGCGUGAGCUCUUCAGCCUGCGAAGCCAAGCGGAUCACUUGCGGGCGCAGCUGAAGAACAUGGCAAGCGGAUCGUUGGGUUUCGGAGGGUGCCACAUGGCCUUGCGUGCGGCGCCAUGCCUGACAGGGGUGCUCACCAGGCCUGCCAAGGGUGCCACUCCGCCGGUGGGCAAAGCUGGGGCGUCUACGCGCCAGGCAUGCAGCUUCAGAAGAGGAAUGGCAUGCAUCGUGUCAAGCAUGCCAAUGUGGCGUCGGUGGCGCAGGAAUGCCAAUCAUUGCAGACCAUUCGUGACCGUCGCUGGAGCGACAGCCCAAGAGUUGGUGGGUUUGCAUUUCUUCUCGGACCAGAAUUUCAAGCCGGUGCGAGAUCAAUUUGUAGCUUCCGUGGUCGACAAAGACAUCGUGCUUAAGGAAACCUGUGUGGAGGACCUAAAUGUUGUGAAGCAGCGCACAGCAGGUGGAGUCCCAGUCUAUCAGUUCAAGACGAAAUUGCUGCUGAAAGCCCUGGAAGAGGCAGAAGCAGAGGAAGUGCUGCUGAUUUCAGACGUGGACAUUCAGUUUUUCCGCGAGGUGAUGCCUUUUGUACAUCAGGGCAUCGCUGGAAGAGACAUUUGCUUCCAGCGCGAGUUCACCAAGCUUGGUGUCAAUAUUGGCUUUGUGGCAGUAAGGCGAACAACUGCCACCAUGAACUUUUGGCACCAGGUUUUGAAAGAGCUCCCGACAGGACGUCAUGACCAGCGCAUUGUUAACAACCUGCUCUAUACCGAACAAGUCCCCGAUCUGCGCUGGUCAUGCUUCCCUCCUGAGAUUUGGGCCUCCUCUCAGGCCUUUGAUUCUGUCGGCAUUCCCGAUGGGAUUGCCUUGCACCAUGCCAACUGGAUAAUCCGUGACUACGAAGAGGGAGGUGCAGACGCCUCGAACCCGGCUCCCAAGCUGCAGCAGCUGGCCGAGUUCCGACGGGCCGUGCUGGAGGACGAUGCUCAGACAAUGCAAGCACUAGUGCAACGAAUACGCAAAGAUCCAGAUCUUGAGUCCUACCACCAAAGGACUUUUGGCGAACUGAGAUAUGGGCCUGAGUGGGUGGCGCUUCCAUCAGGGCAUCCAGCACGACCUGGUGGAGCUAGGAAGCGCAGAAGGUUGAACGCUUCAAGCCAAAGCAGUUAGCUUGCUGGUUGAGAACCCCCAUCCUGGCGGCGCACCGCAUCCUCCUCAUUGUACAUAGACAAAACUGCUUGGCGCA